AUGGAUGACUUCGCCAUCUGUCCAGUGUCUACCUACUACCAAAGGAUCCUGCUGCCGGUGUCCUACAGCCUCGUGUUCCUGCUGGGCCUGGCUUUGAACGGCGCCCUGCUGUGGUGCGUUUGCGGUCGGACGCGCCGCUGGAGCAGCACGGUCACCUACAUGAGCAACCUCGCCGUGGCGGACCUCCUCUACGUGCUGACCUUGCCCCCUCUCAUCAUCAGCAACGCCAUGGGCGACCUGUGGCCCUUCGGCAACAUCCUCUGCAAGAUCGUCAGGUUGCUCUUCAUCGUCAACCUGCACUGUAGCAUGAUGCUCCUCACGUGCGUCAGCGUGCACCGUUUCUUGGGAGUGUGCUUCCCCAUCGUGGCCGUGCGUCUCAGGACCAAAAAGCUCGCCCUCGUCGCGUCGGGCUCGGUUUGGAUCCUGGCCACGGCGGAGCUUUUACCCACACUGGUGUUUGCGCACACGGGUGUGAUCAACAAUAGAACCGUGUGCUUUGAAAUGACAAACCCGGCAGGAUUUAAAGGGUACUUCCCAUAUGGGCUGUUUUUAAUCAUAGUGGCUUUUGUGAUCCCGUUCCUGGUCGUCAUCACCUGUUACUGCUCCAUGUUGGCGGUGCUCUACUGCAGGGCCGCGGACCACGUAUCCAACGCCAGGACGGCUCGGAUGCGCAACAAGUCCAUUUACACGCUCUUGGUCGUGUUUCUCAUGUUCGUUGUGUGUUUCGUGCCUUAUCACAUUGCUCGGACCGUCUACUUGUUCGUGAGGGUCUACCUGCCCGAAGACUGUCAUCUGGUCAACGUGGUCAUGAUCUCCCUGAAGGUGUGGGAGCCUGCGCUCAGCUUCAACUGCUGCGCGAAUCCUCUGCUCUACUUUCUGGGCUCCGGUCGGCACCGUCAGCAGCUCCGGGCCUGGGUGUGGGGGAGGAGGAGGAGGAAGAGGGUGCAGCCCAUAGUGUGUCUGGUGGAUGUGGGCAGCACAAACAGGUCUGGAGGGUAG